AUGAACUGGGGCUGGUUUGAGGGGCUGCUCCGUGCUGUCAAUGUGUACUCCACAGCCUUCGGCCGCAUCUGGCUCUCCCUGGUCUUCAUCUUCCGCCUGCUGGUUUACCUGGUGGCGGCCGAGAAGGUCUGGAGCGAUGACCACAAGGACUUUGACUGCAACACGCGGCAGCCGGGCUGCACCAACGUCUGCUUUGACCACUUCUUCCCCGUCUCCCACAUCCGCCUCUGGGCCCUGCAGCUCAUCCUGGUGACCUGCCCGUCCCUCCUGGUCCUCCUGCACGUGGCCUACAGGGAGGCCAAGGAGGAGAGGCUCCGUGAGAGCCAAGGGGACAAUUAUCGCCGCAUCUAUCCCAACCCUGGCAAGAAGCGGGGCGGGCUCUGGUGGACGUACCUGCUCAGCCUCAUCUUCAAGGCCAGUGUGGACCUGGUUUUCCUCUACAUCUUCUUCCGCCUCUACAGGAACUACACCCUGCCCCGGGUGGUGAAGUGCGAGCUGCCGCCCUGCCCCAACGUGGUGGACUGCUUCAUCUCCCGGCCCACCGAGAAGAACAUCUUCACCCUCUUCAUGGUGGUCACCACCUGCGUCUGCGUGGUGCUGAACCUCAUCGAGGCCACCUACCUGAUUGGGAAGCGGUGCCACGAGUGCCUGAAUGCCGAAGGAGGGGACAGCAGGCAGAGCAGCCACGACUGCCCUGUCUCCUGUGCCAAUCCUGUGGGCACGGGUGAGCAGGGGUUCCAUGGGGCUGACUGCAAACCCCCCACGGCCACCACCCCGCUCACGGCCUCCUGUCCCAGCACGCUGUCCAAGGAUGAGGCUGGUUCCUAG